GAGCGCCCUGAGACCCCACCGCAGCCCUCCUGCUCCGUGCCGUUCCGGCGCGACACAGACUUUGUCGACCGUGCAACGCUGCUUGAUCAGAUUUGCGAGCGAUGCUCUGCGCCAGCGUCGCGUGUUGCGCUAGUGGGUCUUGGCGGAGUAGGCAAGUCGCAGCUGGCCAUCGAGCACUGCUACCGCACCACCAAGCGCUCACCGCAGACGUGGGUGCUGUGGGCGCACGCCAGCAACACAGCGCGGCUGGAGCAGAGCUUCCGCGAGAUAGCAGAGCUGGUCAAGAUCCGCGGGCGCAAGGACCCACAGGCGGACGUGUUCAAGCUGGUGCACGACUGGCUGCGCGAUAAGAAGAACGGGCGGUGGCUGCUGGUGCUUGACAACGCGGACGAUGCUGCUAUUCUUUCUGCGCGAACAGGCGACAGCCAGAACGGAGCAGCUCUUCAGCACCAGCUGUCGAGGUAUCUGCCUCCGAGCGAGCACGGCAGCGUGCUGGUGACAAGCAGGACAAGGCAAGCGGCGAUGCAGGUUGUUGAAGACAGUGACAUCAUACUGAUUAAGCCGAUGGACAACGCAGCUGCACACGCUCUGCUUCACAAGAAGCUAGGAGACGAGGGCAGGAAGAGCGACAGCAACAACGACACUGCUGAGCUAGCGGCGGCACUGGACCACAUGCCGCUCGCUCUUGUGCAGGCAGCGACAUACAUUCGACGGCGAGCGCCGCGAUGCUCGGUGCAGCAGUACCUGGAGGAGUAUCGGCAGAGCGACACCAGAGCAACGAGCCUGCUGAACCAGGAGGCUGGCCAUCUGCGCCGCGAUGAGGAAGCCAGCAACGCCAUCCUCAUAACGUGGCAGAUCUCGUUCGACCACGUGCGACGCAGCAGACCAUCAGCGGCAGACCUGCUGUCGCUGAUGAGCUUCUUUGACCGGCAGGGGAUACCUGAAGCCUUGCUGCACAGUAGGGAUAGCACAGCGAACAACGAUGGCUUUGAAGAUGACCUUGAGACACUGCGGGACUACUCCUUUGUCACAGUCACAAGGGAUGCAAACACGUUUGAGAUGCACAGCCUGGUGCAGCUAGCAACGCGCAAGUGGCUCGAAAGCCAGCGCCAGCUCGACAAGUGGAGAGAGCAGUUCAUCUCCAACCUGUGCGCAGAGCUGCCUACAGGAGAACACGAGAACUGGGAGACGUGCCAAGCGCUGUUCCCGCACACGAAGGCAGCAGCAGCACAGCGGCCUGCGAGCCAGAAGUCGCUCGAGGAGUGGGCGCUGCUUCUGUACAAAGCAGCAUGGUACGCCUGGCAAAUGGGCAGAGCAGGUGAGGCAGAGCAGAUGUCGGUGAUGUCGAUGGAGGUGAGAAGAGAGGUGUUUGGCGAAGAGAGUAAGGACAUGUUGAGCAGCAUGGGCAUAGUAGGGCUGGCCAUGCGGAUUGCGGGCAAGUACGAGGAGGCGGAAGCGAUGCACAGGCAGACGCUGGCG